CAAUAUACAAUUUUAACACCUGUUUGGGCCCUUGAUGUAGUUUGUGAUGAUUAAGCAAUUGUUGAGGAGUGGCUUUUGUGCCUGCAGUGACACUCAGUAAACUGGGAGGGUCGCUAAUGACUUUCUGCAAACAUGGCUGCCCAGGAUGAACUCAAUCAACUGGAACGUGUGUUCCUUCGCCUGGGCCAUGCAGAAACCGAUGAACAGCUACAGGACAUUAUCUCCAAGUUCCUACCCCCUGUGCUCCUCAAACUCUCCAGCGUUCAGGAGGGUGUGCGAAAGAAAGUCAUGGAGUUACUUGUCCACCUGAACAAGAGGAUCAAAAGUCGACCUAAGAUUCAGCUGCCAGUAGAAACUUUGCUGGUACAGUACCAAGAUCCUGCAGCUGCCUCCUUUGUCACGAAUUUCACCAUCAUCUACAUCAAAAUGGGCUAUCCACGUCUGGAGGUGGGAAAACAGUGCGAGUUGGCCCCCACUCUCCUCACUGCCAUGGAAGGCAAGCCACAGCCACAGCAGGACAGCCUGAUGCACCUGCUGAUCCCUACUCUUUACCAUAUGAAGUAUCCUGCAGACAUAUCCAAGAAUGCGUCUCCAUUUAACUUAACUGAGAGGCCAAAGACAGUGCAGCUGCUGCUGGAGUUCAUGUUAGAUGUUUUACUGAUGCCUUAUGGGUUUGUGUUGAACGAGUCCCCGACGCGCCCUGCUCCCUCCUCCUCCCAGGGAGGUUCUGCAGACGGGACAGUGGCUGCAGGUGGCCAGAUACUCCCCCAGCCUCCCCCAGGAAUGAGUGUCUAUGCUGCCAAGAGGGUGAUUGGAGAGGCUCAGUGGAGCGCUGAGCAGCUAGAGCAGUGUAAACUAGGCAUAGUGAAGUUCAUUGAGGCAAAGCAAGUCCCAGAGGUGGAGACGGUGGUGCACCUGGUGGUGGCGUCAAGCGACACUCGUCACAGUGUGGCCACUGCAGCUGAUCUGGAGCUGAAGAGCAAACAGAGCAUCAUCGAUUGGAACAAUCCUCUGAUUAUCAACAAGAUGUACAAGGUGUAUCUGGGAGACGUUCCUCUUAAGACAAAGGGCGGCAAUAUGAAGCAAGAGCUGAAACACGAGCCAGUAAGCACAAGAGUCAAAAUGAAGAUUCUGCCACAUCUUCUACGGUCACGCCUAGCCGCAGAGUGCUUUCCAGCUAAUAUCCAGGUUGUGUACGAUGGUCUGUUUGGAACCAACACCAACAACAAACUGCUGUCUCUCACCUUACAGUUUGUCCAUCACAUUUGCAUGGUAUGUCCUGACACUAAUAAACCGUUGGGCCUAAUGCUGCUUAAUGGCCUUACCAAGCUCAUCAAUGAAUACAAGGAGGAUCCUAAGUUGCUAUGUGUUGCCUACUCUGCUGUUGGAAAGCUGUCAAGCCGCAUGCCACAGCUGUUCACAAAGGAUAUAGCACUCGUACAGCAGUUUUUUGAGUCCAUGUGCAAGGAGGAGCCGGAUGUCCGUCUUGCCAUCCAGGAAGCUUUGUCUAUGAUGGUUGGAGCUUAUGCCAACCUACAGGGGGCACUGCUGAACCUGAUGGAGGCCCUGGUGGCUGCAUACAUUGGAAAGCCGGAAGUGCAAGUUCGGCAGGUGGCCAUGAAGUUUGCCAGCACGGUGUUUGGUCCUGAUCACGUGCCAUCAAGAUAUCUACUGCUACUGGCAGCUGGAGACCCGAGGGAGGAGGUGUCUGCGGAAGCCCAGAAGGUGCUAAGAGUUUUUCCUACCAAGAGCUCAGAGAAGGAGGGACCAAAGCCAAUGCCCUCCUUUCCUGACAUGGUGGCCUAUGUCCAGGAGAAGGCUGCUCAGAGGAUCAAGACUCCAGCUAAGUACAUUGUUGGAACCUCCACUAUUCCUUUCAACCCAUCCGCGUUUGGGGAGGUAAAUAUUAAUUGUCACUGGAACAGAGAUACAUGGGGGGAGAGAUGGAAAGAAGCGGAGAACGCUGACGUGUUUGCAGCAGAGAUCUGUGGCUCAUAUUGUCCUUUUAACUUAAUUAUCUUGUUUGUGUCUGUCUGUCUGUCCAUGUACGUGGUCCAGAUGAAGGAGCGAUCAAUCCAGACCUUGGGUUACCUACCAGUGGGAGAUGGAGACUUCCCUCACCAGAAGAAGCUGCUGCAGGGUCUCAUGGACUCUGUAGAGGCCAAGCAGGUGGAGCUGCAGUUUACAGUUGGAGAGGCUAUAACCAGCGCCGCAAUAGGCACCAGCUCUGGUGCUGCCAGAGACCCAUGGACCUGCACUGAGGACCAGUACAGUCCGCCACACAAUGUGAAAAACAACGAUGUGGUUCCUUGGGUCCUCAACUCCAUCUUGUCCAGGUAUAUACCCAGCCAGAACCCCCAUGUCCGACAGGCAGCCUGCAUAUGGCUGCUGUCCCUGGUCAAGAAACUCAGCCAACACAAGGAAAUCACGUCCCAUUUGAAGGAGAUUCAGGUGGCGUUUAUCUCUGUUCUCUCAGACCCUGAUGAUUUGAGUCAGGAUGUGGCAUCUAAAGGCCUGGGCCUUGUCUAUGAGAUGGGAGGAGAGGGUGACCAGCAGCAACUUGUGUCCACUCUGGUGGAAACACUCAUGACUGGAAAAAGAGUGAAACAUGCUGUUUCAGAAGAUACCGAGGUGUUCCAAGGAGAAGGUUUGGGGAAAACACCUGAUGGUCACGGCCUGACCACAUACAAGGAGCUCUGCUCAUUGGCCAGCGACCUGAACCAACCAGAUCUCGUCUACAAGUUCAUGAACCUGGCCAAUCAUCAUGCCAUGUGGAACUCGCGCAAGGGAGCAGCUUUUGGUUUCCACAUGAUCGCAGCCAAAGCCGGGGAGCAGCUGGCUCCAUUCCUGCCCCAGCUUGUGCCCCGUCUGUACCGCUACCAGUUCGACCCCAACCUGAGCAUUCGCCAGGCCAUGACCAGCAUUUGGGAUGCCUUGGUCACGGAUAAGACCCUGGUGGAUAAGUAUCUUAACGAGAUCCUGCAGGAUGUAAUUUCCAACUUGACCAGUAACACCUGGAGAGUGCGCGAGUCCAGCUGCCUGGCUCUAAGUGACCUGAUUCGCGGCCGCCAAGCUGAUGACCUCAUUGAUCACCUGGCAGAAAUUUGGGAGACACUGUUCAGAGUCCUUGAUGACAUCAAGGAAUCUGUGAGGAAAGCUGCUGACCUAACACUGAAGACACUGAGUAAGGUGUGUACUCGUAUGUGUGAGUCUACAGGCUCUGCAGCCCAGAGAACUGUGGCGGUCCUGUUACCUACCCUGCUGGAAAAAGGCAUCGUUAGCAAUGUCUCAGAGGUCCGCUCACUAAGUAUCCAGACCCUGGUGAAGAUUAGCAAGACAGCCGGUGCCCGACUAAAGCCUCAUGCUUCCAGGUUGAUCCCGGCCCUGCUGGAGGCCCUCAGCACCCUGGAGCCACAGGUCCUCAACUACCUCAGUCUCAGAGCCACAGAGCAGGAAAAGAGUGCCAUGGAUGCUGCCAGGCUGAGCGCUGCCAAGUCCUCUCCAAUGAUGGAGACCAUUAACAUGUGUUUGCAGCACCUCGAUGUUUCUGUGCUAGGAGAGCUGGUUCCCAGGCUCUGUGAGCUGCUCAAGAGUGGAGUAGGCUUGGGCACCAAGGGUGGCUGCGCUAGUGUAAUUGUUUCACUCACAGUGCAGUGCCCCCAGGAUCUCACCCCAUACUCAGGUAAACUGAUGAGUGCCCUGCUGAAUGGCAUCCAUGACAGAAGCACUGUAGUACAGAAACAAUUUGCCUUUGCUUUGGGACACCUAGUCAGGACAGCAAAAGACAGUAGUGUAGAGAAACUACUACUGAAGCUCAACAGCUGGUACUUGGAGAAAGAAGAGCCGGUGUACAAGUCAUCAUGUGCGUUGACUGUGCAUGCCAUCAGCCACUAUAGUCCUGAUGUGCUCAAGGCCCAUGCAGGAGUGGCUCUGCCACUGGCUUUCCUAGGUAUGCAUCAGGCGCCAGGUCCUGAUGAGGAGAAAGGAGAGAGCCAUGACGCCACGCUGUGGGCGGAGGUGUGGCAGGACAAUGUCCCAGGAAGCUUUGGAGGCAUCCGACUCUACAUGACAGAGCUGAUCGCUAUCACCCAGAAGGCACUGCAGUCCCAGUCCUGGAAGAUGAAAGCUCAGGGUGCAGCUGCCAUGGCGACUGUUGCCAAGGAACAGACAGGCUCAUUGGUUGCGCCACACCUUGGCAUGGUGCUAACAGCUUUAAUGCAGGGACUGUCUGGACGAACAUGGGCUGGCAAGGAGGAGCUAUUGAAAGCUAUUGCAUCAGUAGUGUCCAAGUGCAGUGCGGAGCUGCAGAAGCCUUGCGCAGGCCAACCCACCAUCUCUGAGGUGCUGGAGGUUGUGUUGAAGGAAUGUCGUAAGGAAAGUCUGGUGUACAAAAUGGCUGCUCUGCGCUGCGCUGGAGACGUGCUUCACAGCAGCAACGAGGACCGCUUCAGCGACGUGGCUGAGAUCCUUGUCCCUCUGAUCAAGAAGAGCUGCCCAGAGAGUGGCGGUGCAUCACCGAGGUCGCUGGAUGAUGAUGAUGAUAGAGAUGUGAAGGAGAAAGAGCUGCAGACAGAAGCUCUGCUCUGUGCUUUCGAGACUCUUGGAAAGACUUGGCCCAGGAACCCGGAGACUCAGGCUCGUUUCCAGGAGGAGGUGUGCAGUCUAAUGUGUGAGAAGCUCAAGCUAAGCACCUGGAAAGUCCAGCUUGCUGUCCUACAGUCCAUGAAGGCAUACUUCCAGGGGUUAUUGCUGCUAGAGAAAGGCAGUGAAGACUUCAAAGCAUUAUCGCAGAUCCUGACAGAGACCUGUGCUUCUCUAACUUACCCUUUAGAAAACAAAAGUUAUUCCUCUGUGAGGACAGAGGCUUUGUCAGUGGUGGAUCUGAUCGUAAAGAGAACUGGAGAGAGCGAGCAGUGGGACUGUGUGUCUGUGAAGAGCCGGCAGCAGUUGCAGCGCUCCCUGUCAACGCUGCAGUCGGACAGCAGACCCGACCUGAAGGACAAAGCCCAGGAGCUGCGUCGACACAUCCAGAGCCAACCCUGACGCACACACAUACACGCAGCUCACGGAGCCAGCCAGACGACACAUACGUCACGAUAGAGCAUCAGCUUCUUUUUACUUCCUUAUCAGCAAAACAAAACACGUGGCACACUCCUCUGUCUGACCUUUUUCAUGCAGUAAUUUUCUUUUAAACUGAUUUACAAAUACUUGCAUUACUUAUCCAUAUUACCUGUGAGCUUUGAAGCUGGCUUUGUGGAAGAGACUGCUCCAGUCAAGCCAACACACUGAUUCACAUUUGUGGCUGUCGAAGCUUGACUUUAAAGCUUGAAGAAACUACAAUAACAACUGCCGAGUCUGAACUCCCAGUAACUGUUGUUAAGGGCAAGGCUAUUAUUGUAACGUGUCAAGUUUUAUUUGGUUCAUUUAAAUGGACAGUAAGAUAAUAAUGAUAAAUGCUAUAUAAACCAAUGUGUUGGGUUUGUGGACGCUGUAUACCUAUAGCCCCAAAAUGGGGACUUUACUACUGCUGUGGGUUUGCCUACUCAUUAAAUGUCAGAGCAACAAGUUGUAUAUCUUAGCUAACGCAGACUAGUCAGCUAUCGUACAAAGUUGCACCUUUCAGAGGGUGUGGACUCUUCCUCGCUCUUUUACCGCUGCUGCUGUGUAGUGGUGAAAGGACUGAGGCUUUGUUUCUACUCUUUGCAAGGUAAAUGAGCAAGACAACAGCCAAUUUUGACAAGUCUUGAGAAUAAAUAAAUAAUCCUGCUGUUCAGUUGAAAGUGAUGUAUUGUUUGAAUUUGUCCCCGAUAAAAUAAAACUACAUUGACUAUUUGGA